CUCGUAUUCGCUGCGCACUCCUGACGACACCACAGCUGGCGUCUCGUAGCGUGCCCCGCGUGAAAUAUUUCUCUGCAGUGACUCUAGUGCCUCUCGCGGUGAAAGUGCCUCUCCCAUCUGAUUGCGUCUCAGUUCGCCGCAUUCGUCACUCGUCGAUCGCCCCAUGCCAAAUUCGGAUCUGCACUCCGCUAUCGAUAACAUCCGUGUCAGUCAACAACAUGAGCGCACGCGCAACCUACACCAAAGACCAAAUAACAAAAUACUUCGCCCGCCUGGGGUUGCCUGACCAAGAGAGAAAGUAUGAUAUAGCCGGUCUGGACCCUAACAGCGCAUUGGAGUAUCUUGCACUGCUCCAAAAGCUGCAGCUAGCGGCUGUACCCUUUGAGAACAUCACCCUGCAUUACUCGGCCCAUCAUUCCAUCUCUGUCCAUCCGGAGGAAUUGUUCAAGAAGAUUAUUGAUGACGACAAUGGACGCGGUGGAUAUUGCAUGGAGAACAACAGACUGUUUGGGACGCUGUUGAACUCGCUGGGGUUUACCCUGUAUUCAGGCGGAUGUAGAGUUUGGGCUGCUGACGGCUGGACGGGCUGGUCGCAUAUGGUGAACUUUGUCACUAUCGGCGACACCAAGUACCACGUCGACGUCGGCUUCGGGGCUGACGGCCCUGUCGUGCCAAUGCCUCUUGACCGCUCGGGCACAGUCCAAAAGCACAUCCAGCCUGCGUCGGCCCGUCUCCAAUGGCGCAACAUUGCAGGCAACACUGACCCCAACCAGCGCCUCUGGGUUUACGAAUACCGGAGAAAUGACGAGAGCGACUGGGAGACCAAAUACUCAUACAGUGAGCUAGAAUUCCAGCCUCAAGACUACGCAGUCAUGAGCUACUACACUUCCACCAGCAAGCAUACGUUCUUCACGCAAAUGGUAGUGGUGGAUAAGAAGAUACUCGGUGAUGAUGGGGAGUUGGAAGGGAAGAUGAGCCUGGCGGCGGCGUCGUUGAAGUGGAACAUGAAAGGCGAGAAAACCAAGGAAAUCGAGUUCAAGAGCGAGGGAGAGAGACUAGAGGCGCUUGAGAAGUACUUCGGAAUGAAGUUUAGAGACGUGGAGCGCGAGGGCAUUGCCGGACUGCCAUCAGAAAUCAAGUAGACACCAGUACUGAACAUUGAGAA